AUGUCCAGUGAAGUCCAGAGGGCUCCGCCCGCCCAGGAUCACUUGAGUGUCCAGGCCUCGGACCUCGAGAAACCACAACACCAAGCUCACGAGCACGAUGACAGCGCCGGUGCGACCUUUGAAGUCAACCAAGAUGAGCUGCCGCCGGGAUACUUUAAGAGUCCAUUCUUCAUUGGCACUAUGCUGGCCCUUGGAACUGGCCUGCUUGCCGGUGUUGCAGGGUUUGGAUAUGCUGCGCCCGUGCUCACGUUGAUUAACAAUGACAUUGGCCCGGAUCCCAACAUCAUCUGGGUAGCGCUGUCAUAUACCCUCACGUCCGCAUGCACCCUGGCCACCAUCGGUCGCGUCACCGACAUCUUCGGCCGCCGCUGGGUGUUCGUCGGCGGCGCCGUCCUGGGCAUCAUCGGCUCCAUCAUCUCGGCGACGGCCACGAGCGUCAGCAUGCUCAUCGGGGGCACCACCAUCAUCGGCAUCGCCGCCGCGACGCAGCUGUCCUACUACUACGUCAUGGCCGAGAUCGUGCCCAUGCAGUGGCGCUUCGCCGGCAACGCCUUCUGCUACUGCUUCCAGAUCCCCAGCUCCGGCCUCGCGCCCGCCAUCUCCAACUCGCUCAUCCUGCACACCAGGGUCGGCUGGCGCGGCAUGUACUACAUCCUCAUCGCCAUCAACGGCUUCUCCUUCCUCUGCUGGUUCUUCUUCUACCACCCGCCGACCUUCCACAUGAAGCACCGGAACGCCAGCGCGUGGAAGUACAUCAAGAACUUUGACUACGUCGGCACCGCCCUCUUCACCGGAGGCCUCCUGGUGCUGAUGCUGGGUCUCAACUGGGGCGGCACUGUUCACCCCUGGAAGUCGGCGUAUGUCAUUGCGAGCAUCGUCUGCGGUGCCGUGGCGCUCAUCAUCUUCACCCUGUGGGAGAUCUUCAUGAACCUCAAGGAGCCGCUGGUGCAGAUGGAGUUGUUUGAGAACCGUGCUUGGCUGCUCUCUACUAUCCUCUCGGGCAUCGGUGCAUCGCUCUACUAUGCCUUGGCCGUGGUCUGGCCGAGUAUGGUAGCCAUUCUCUACUCCGACCCGACCAACCCUAUGUACGGACCUUGGCUCGCCUCUCUGAUCGGUCUCUUCAUUGUCGUCGGCGAAAUCCUGGCCGGCUUCCUCGGCAAGCCCCUCAAGCACAUCAAGCUCCAGUGCAUCAUCACCACCACAAUUGCAGGUGUCUUCUUCGCGUGCACUGCCACCUGCGGACCCGACAGCAAGGUCACUGCGGGCGUCUUGGUCUCUCUGGGCGCCUUCUUCAUCGGGUGGACCGAGAGUCUCGCCAUCACGCUGCUCACCAUGGCCGCGACGGACCAGAACAACCUCGGCAGCGCCAGCGGCCUGGCCGGGUCGAUCCGCUUCCUGAUCAGCAGCAUCGCCUCGACCGUCUACAACGUCAUCCUGAACAACCGGCUCGCGACCACCAUCCCAGAGAAGGUGCCUCCCGCGCUGACGGGGGCGGGCCUGCCAGCCACCUCCGUGGCCAAGGUCAUCACCGGCCUCACGACGGGCAAGUUCGAGGACAACAUCCCGGGCCUGACGCCGGAGAUCUUGGCCGUGGGGACCAGGGCAUUCCAGGUGGCGAAUGCGGCUGCGUACAAGACCGUCUUCUUGUCGACGAUUGCCUUCACGGGCAUCGCCAUCCUCUGCACGGUGGGACUUCCGCGAGGACUGGACGGCCUGCUAACGGGUCGCGUCAUUACCACGCUUCAUGCCGGAAGGGACGAGAAGAGGAUGAUUGGCGAGAGCCGGGCGGAGCCAGCACCCAAGACGGUCCAGGAGGCCUGA